UUUUCUUCAUCAUUCACACCCUUUCCCAAGUUCACUCCCUUUGCUUUCUCCUAUCACCCCACCUUCCUUCCUUCCUUCCUUUUCUCAUCUGUCUCUUCCAACACAAGACCCCUCCCUGGAAGCACCAUGUCUGCCCAGCUGGCCCGAGCGCUGUUCGACAAUGUGGCUGAGUGCCCAGAGGAGCUCUCCUUCCGCCGGGGGGACCUGAUGCUGGUGCUGCAGCCCAAGGUGCCUGGCCUGGCCGGCUGGCACCUCUGCUCGCUGCAUGGGCAGCAGGGCAUCGUCCCGGCCAACCGCGUCCGCAUCCUGCCCGAGCCGGGGCCCCCCGACCUCUCCCCGGCGCCCCACAAGGAGAGCGCACCAUCCACCCUCUACAACCCACCCCGGGGCCAGAGGAGGAGCAGGGCAGGGCAGAAGGAGGAACAGCAGGAGGUGUACGUGGUGCCCCCACCCGCCUGGCCGUGCCCGACCACCUGUGAUGAUAUCUACAAGGUGCCCCGUGCCACCCGGAGAGACAGGGACCCCAGUGAGGUCUACGACGUCCCCUCCUCCCUGCCGCGGGAUGCUGCCCUGUCUGAUACUUAUGACACCCCCACGCCCUUCCCCAAGCAGGCAGUGCCGGACACCGACCCCUACAACGUGCCCCCCCCAGCCGUGCCCCCCCUGGGCCAGGAGGAGGAGGAGGAGGAGGAGGGAUGGGAGGAAGAGCCGGCCCCCAUCUACGCCACCCCAUCCAACCUGCGCCGGGCGUCCGCCCUGCUCAACCUCUAUGAGUCACCUGAGGAGCUGCUGGGGGGGGAGUACGACCUGCCAGGGCCUCCCCCGCCAGAGGCGGCCCUGGGGGGGCUGAGCCUGGGUGAGACGGGGGGCGUGGGCGGGCGCCCCCGGCUGCCCUCAGCCGAGAGCCUCUCACGCCGCCCCCUGCCGGCUCUGCCCUCGCCUGGUGCCCCCCGGAAGGGCAGCAUCCAGGACCGUCCCCUGCCUCCGCCCCCGCCCCGGCUUGGGGGACUGGCUGGGGGGCUGGAUGAGGGGGCGGGGGAUGGGCACAGCGACUACGAGGGGAUCCGGCUGGCAGAGGAAUACGACUACGUCCACCUCAAGGGGACAGACAGGCUACAGCCCCCGGCUACAGACCGUGACCCCCCAGAGGAGGUGAGCGGCCCCAGACUCCAACCAGAGACCCCCAUUUUGCUGGAGGAGGAGGAGGUGCCCCCCAGCCCUGAGGACGCCCAGCUGUUGCAGUUCUACGCGGGCCAGUGCCGGACACACUGCGCCACCCUCCUGGCGGCCACGGAGGCCCUGCUGGCCAGCGCCGGGGCCAACCAGCCGCCGGGCGUCUUUGUGCCCCACGGGCGCUUUGUGCUCGUCACGGCGCACAAGCUGGUCUUCGUGGGCGACACGCUGGCGCGUCAGGCGGCCUCGGGCCCCCUGCGGGCCCGGGUGGGGGCAGCUGCCGGCGCCCUGUGCCAGGCCCUCAAGGGGGCCGUGCUGUCGGUCAAGGGGGCGGCACUGAGCUACCCCUCACCCCCCGCUGCCCGCCUGCUCCGGGAGCGCCUGGCCGAGCUCUCCCGGCGGGCCCAGGGCUUCACCAGCCUGCUCAGCACCCUGGCGCCCUCCUGACCCCCGGGACCUUUGACCUCUGACACCAACGAUCCUUGGGUGACCUCUGACCCCCUCCCCAGGGUCCUCUGUGUCAAUGAAGCCCAUGACCUCUGACCCCCUGCCCAUUAGCCCUGUAUGACCUCUGACCCCCCUCCCCAGGGUCCUCUGUGCCUCUGCCACUUGGUCCUACCUGACCUCUGACAUAGUCCCAAAGCCUCCUAGCAAAUUAUCCCCAUGUGACCUCUGACCCCAAAAGCCCUACCCAAACCAAUUGUGACCUCUGACCCUAGCCCAAGGCCCUCCCAGAUCCAAUGGCCUACUGCAAUCUCUGACCCCUGGCUUGUUUCCCCUAAGCCAUGACACUGUGACCCUUGCCCUUUGACCUUUAGCCUUCCACAACUGAUCUUCCCCUUUGCCCUCCGCCCCUCUUUGACCUGGGUGCCCCGUUACCUUCACUCUUGAUUCCACCCAAGGGCACCCCCUCCUGGCCUGGCCCCCCAACCAAAAAGCCCCUUGAGCCUUGCCCUGUGACCUCUGCCCCAGUCUAACUCUCACCCUGCAAAGCCCUGACCCACUUCAUAGAGGGGAAUCUUCCUAUCAUUGAUGGUUCAGGUCUGGACUCAUGGAGGGGGAUGGACCUCACCCCCCCAGCCCCAGGGACCCCAGAGUUGCUUGGGGGGGGUCAGAGCAAUGCCAAAGACUUGACUGCAGUUGGGCAGCACAAGAGGAACACCCCCCCACCCGGAGACGGGACAGCAGCGAGGGGGGUCAGCCAACACCAGCGGGGAGCAGAGGAUCAUGGGAGAAUGGCCAACACCAAGCAGAGGAUUACAGGAGACUGGCCAAGGCGACAGGAAGCAGAGGAGUCUGGGUAAAGCUCAGCAAAGGGGAUGGUCCCCGUCCGCUGACGACUCCCCAGCCCCUGUACCCCCACUUCACAGCCCUGCCGGUGCCCCUCACUCCCAACCCGCAGCCAGGGAGCCCAUGGGGUGACCUGUUCUCUCAGGAAAGAUUUUUUCUAUGUUUGUAAAUAAUAAAUCAAUGAAAAAAGCCAAUUGUCUCUGUUCCUUGGG